GAGAGUGAGAGCGCACGUCGAGGAGAGAAUGUAGCGAGGCUCGCCGUGGAUAAUCGUACAGCGAUGCCAGAUCUACCUGGGCGCCGUGGCCGCGGCCGCGAACGCAGCCGCCACUACUGGAUGCACCUCGGUGAAUCAUGUCGACGCUGAUCCUGCUGACGCCGUUCAGCCUGCGUCCGGCUGCGUGCACCUUCCGAGCGGGCGCGAGCCAAGGCGGAGGUGCUCCGGUGCAGCAGCGAUAACAGGAGGAGGAGGCGGAGGAGAGGCGCCGAGGACGUGGGGUUCCCCGUGGGGAUAUGCCGGAGGUGGCGCCGGGACCGCGAACGACGCAGAGGUAGCGUCGCGCCCCCGGACCCCGCGUACCAUGCAGCCGGCGCUCCCGCUCCUGCUAUUCUGGCUCGCCCUCGUCCAAAGUCUGCCGCUACAGCCGGCCAAGCCCCAUCCAGGGAUCAUUCGCAGCUCGUACAUCCGUAGCUAUGAGCCGGCCUGGUACGACGCGGCCGCCUUGCGCCGACAUCGCGAUCGAGUGCGUCGCGACGCUUCGUGGCCCGCAAGGGAUCAGCCGCUUAUCCUGCGAGUCCGCGCCCUCGACAAACAGUGGACGAUGCGCUUGGUGCGUGAUUCCGGACUAUUUUCGAAGGAUGCGGUUUUCGAGGGCACAAACGGGUCUAUCGAUUUCGAUACAAAUCACUCGUACUCGGGCACGAUACUUGAGGACGAGGGUGCGAUCGUCCAGGGCGUCGUGACGGAGGAUGGGCUGCUGGACGGGAGCGUGGUAACGGGCUUCGAGGAGUACUACAUUGAGCCGGCCAGCAGAUACCUUUCGGCGAUGGGGGACACCUCGCCCGCUUACCACACGAUCGCCUACCGCAGCUCGGACGUGGAGAAGCCACCCCAGCCCCUGCGGUGCCCCAGCCAGGAUCUCGCCAAGGGCAACCUUAGGAAGUCCAUCCGGAGCCUUGGAUCAUCAAACGAUACAUCGGAGCCGUUCUACGAACAUUUGCUGGACAAUGAGGUUCGAUUGCACGGCGGAUUCUACUCAAAGGAGUCGGAGGUCGAGGCUAGUCUUUCCAAAAGCCACUUUGAUACGGAUUACCUCGAUAGAUUGUACCAGGAGCGCUAUGUGAGGCAUCUGCAUAAGCGAGCCACCGUGGAUCCGCGCAAGACCACGUGUAUGCUGUAUCUGCAGGCAGAUCAUCAGUUCUUUGCGCGAUACGGCACCGAGGAGGCCUGCAUCGAAGUUAUGACGAGGCACGUGCAAAAAGUCAACUCGAUCUACAAGCACACAGAUUUUAAUCAAGAUGGACGAGCGGAUAAUAUCAGUUUUAUGAUAAAGCGGGUGAAAGUACACAGUGGGGAUGCUCUCAGAGAUCCGAACUACCGCUUUCCUGGCAACUAUGGUGUCGAAAAAUACCUGGAGCUUUUUUCCGAGGAAGACUACGACGCAUUCUGUCUGGCUUACAUGUUUACGUACCGAGACUUCGAAAUGGGUACUCUGGGACUGGCCUGGACCGGAGAUCUCAAAAAUGCUGGCGGUGUCUGCGAAAAGAAUGGGCACUACCGAGGCAGCAUGAAAUCGCUAAAUACCGGCAUUGUAACUUUAUUGAACUACGGCAAACACGUGCCACCCGCAGUGUCCCACGUGACGCUGGCCCACGAGAUUGGCCACAAUUUUGGCUCUCCGCACGAUCCAGAGCAGUGCACGCCCGGUGGAGAGGAUGGGAAUUUCAUAAUGUUCGCCCGCGCAACCAGCGGCGACAAGCGCAACAACAAUCGCUUCAGUCCGUGCAGUCUCAACGCCAUUAACCCGGUGCUCAACACCAAGGCUCGCUCGUCCAAAGGCUGCUUCACCGAGCCCCAGGCCUCGCUUUGCGGCAACGGCGUCGUCGAGGAGGGCGAGGAGUGCGACUGCGGCUGGGAAGAGGACUGCAGGGACUCCUGCUGCUUCCCACAGCGACGCUACCCACCCGCCGAGGAAGUGCCAUGCACCCUUACACCCGGCUCGGUGUGCAGUCCCAGUCAGGGUCCGUGUUGCACGUCCGACUGCAGAUUGAGAUUCGGCGACAAAUGUCGGGACGACAACGGCUGUCGCGAUGCGAGUUUUUGCGAUGGUCGGGCGCCCUAUUGUCCACCCUCCAUUAACAAGCCUAACAAAACCAUCUGCAAUCAAGAGCUCGUUUGCUUCAUGGGGGAGUGCACGGGUAGCAUUUGCCUCGCCUACGGACUCGAGUCUUGCCAAUGCAUCCCAGGAGCCGAAGAUCCGCCCAUCAAGGCCUGCGAGCUAUGCUGCCGCUUACCGGGGGAGAAUCAGCCGUGCCUCUCGUCGUUCGAUUGGAAUUCGCCACCCUAUGACAUUCCCGAUAUGUUCGCGAAGCCCGGCACACCCUGCAACGAUUACAACGGCUACUGUGACGUCUUCCAGAAGUGCAGGGAAGUGGAUCCCAGCGGGCCCCUGGCCACCCUCAGGAAACUCCUACUAUCCGAUGAAAGUUUGGCCACCUUCCGACGCUGGAUGUCCGAACAUUGGUACGCAGCGACCCUCAUCGUUUUCGGGGCUAUUUCCAUUUUGGUGAUCAGCACGAAAUUGUUGAGGAAGCGGCCGGGCAAGAAGCUCAAGUCGGUCACGAUCAUCCACAGCUCGACGACGGAGACGGUGAGACUGCCGCCGGAGGGCGCGGAAGGUGUCACGGUGCAUCCGCCGGCGGUGAGGGCCAAGUUACCGCUCAGCAAGAAGGUGCGGGAGAAGCGGCGCAGGCCUAAGCGCAAGAAGGAUGCCGUCGCUCAUGAAAAAUCCGCCAAGGCGAAGAGAAAACGACCGAGUGGGAUACAGAACGGUGCAGCGGCUCCAGCGAUCACUCAGGACGAGUCGUCGCGCAAGCGACAAGCAGCUCCCGACCUCUCGGUCGGCGAAGCUCUGAAGCAGCAGCGCCAGCGCACCUCGACCCUCCAGCAGCUAAUGAGGCGGGCACCCAAGAGCAGGCCCGACAAGCCGGCCCGAGAGUCGAGCCCGGCGACGAGUCCUGCGGCCCCGAGUCCCAACAAAAAGAAACUCGGCUGCCAGCAUCAGCAGCUCCUGCCCCAGCAGCGCAAGAAGAAGGAGGUAAUCGACUACUCGACCGCCCAGGCGGACAAGACCGAAGCGACGCCGAUGCCGACCGUAAUCGGAGCCAUAAGCGGGGCUGACCCCAAGAGCAAGGUCCGCUCCUGGCUACUCGCUACCCACUGCCGCAUCGAGGCACCCAUCGCUACCGCCCUCCCCAAGAGCAAGUCCAGCCCCAUGAAUCUGCAAGCCAACCCGGUUGCCGGACUCUCGUCGAGGACGCCGGCCGCGGGAGCGCGCGUCAACAACACCAGGCACGUGGCCUUGAGGAGACUGACGGGCUCGAAAUCGCGCAGCGUUGGGAGCCUUGCGAGGAACACCGCCGCCGCCAUCACUUCCGGGGCCAAAAACGAGCGGGUAAGACUCCAGGUCGUCUACAAGCCGCCCUUCAAAUUCACGGUGAAGCUGCGCAAGGCGGACAAAGUCGGGCAGGUGCCGGUGGCCGGUCCCGGGUCAAGGGCCGUGAACCCGGGACCGCGGACCGGAGUCCUCGUGCGAACCAUCGCCGAGAAGAAAGCGAGCAAGGAGCGGAAGAGAAAGUCCAAGCCAAGCAGGGCCUCCUCCAAGCUCAGCCAGGCGUCGUGCAUCGCCGAGCCGGCCAACUCGGACCUGCAUACCGUGCCCUCGGACCUCGAGGUGCUCCUCUCCGAGAGCGAGUUUCUAUUCUCGGACACGUGAUCGCGUCAGGUCAGGUGAGCGCUGAAGGCGGCCAUGCUUUUACGCUCGAUAGAGUUUUUCUCUUUUCGCGAUGAGGUUCCUCGCAAUUGAGGGAGAUUCGACAAUUUUUAUCAAAGGCUUAGAAUUACUUAUGCUUGGUAUUAAAUUUUCCCUUCGUACCGUCUCCCCCAUACCAUCGUACUCACACCCUCGAUUGCCGUUCGUCGUCGACAUUCCCUUCUGCCUUACGCUUAAUCGCCCUUUUCGCCUUUUUUCCUAAACGAUGCUCUCACAUACAAAGCUCGUACACGGUCAUAGGUACCCUUUUUCUUAAAUACGCGAACAAAUUAACUGUAAGCUACCAAUCUCUCUUGCUUUCAAUAGCUUCAUUCUCUCUUAAUUAUUGCAA